UGGAAACUUCGUUGGGGGAGAAUCGAAUUUGUCGACGGACACGAACAGUUCCUUUUUAAGGGGAUGGUUGUUGCCAGGGGUAUAAAGCAACAAGUGGGUAGAGGAAAGGCUGUCACUGAGUGAGCAACAUCCAUUGAAUGGGUGCUCUGUGUCUCGAACUCUUCGUGUCUGCCUGACGUAAGAGUGCAUUAUAGGCGCAUAUUAUUCGGGGAUCAUUCUUUCGAACUGUCGUCGAAGUCAUGGCGAGACGUGGACCCGCGUUACUUCUGCAACUCUGGUGUGUCGUCGUGCUGUCGUUGAGCAUGGUACUCUCCCGAAAAGCUGACAUCAUUCUUUUUGGGGGAGACAUCAUCACGAUGGAGGACGGAGACCUGUCGAGGGACCAGGGUAAAGCACGCCCUCUAGAGGCGGUAGCGAUCGCAGGGGAGACCAUCCAGGCGGUCGGAACCCUGGACGAGGUUUUUCGUCACGCUGGGCCUAAAACCCAGACGGUCUACCUAAGCCAACAGACCCUGAUGCCUGGCUUUAUUGAACCCCAUACACACCCGAUCUGGGGCGCCCGAAUGCUGAAACAGUACACCAGCAUUGGUUUGGCCAAUUUCAGCUCUUACGAGGAGAUCCGCAGUGUGAUGGUGAAUAGGAUCAACGAACUUGCCGCAACCCCCAACAGUAACGGCUGGGGAGCUUUCUUCGGCUGGGACCCAGAGCUCAUCUCUGACCUACCGGCUCUGAACGCCGACGUGCUGGACGGAUUUUCCGACACUAUCCCGAUCUUCGUGCAGGGCCGGACCGGUCACAUAGCCUGGGCUAACCACGCUGCCCUGAGAGCGGCAAACAUCACCAAAACUACCGAAAGCCCUCCUGGCGGGAAGAUCGAGAAGGACCGCGACAACAACCCGACCGGUAAGCUUCUGGGGUCACCGGCCAUCGAGGCGGUGCAUAAUCAGAUGCCGCCCCUGGAGCCUCACACCUUCGCCCGUGGCCUGGAGGACCAGUGGCGGUCCUACGCAUCAGCCGGUUUCACUACGGUGACGGAACUGUAUCACCAGCCCGAUCCCGGCCUGGACGAGGUGCUGAGAAGGUCCACCGACGCCGACGAUUUUCCGCUUCGUCUUGCUUUGUAUAAAUAUGUGCAAGCGGUACGGGACGUCGACUGCACGGAUUGCGCUGACGGUGAUGCGGGAGGCAUAGGCGAGUACAGCUCCAGGCUGUGGGAGACCGGUAUCAAGCUGAUCGCGGAUGGCUCCCCGCACAGCGGUACGGCAGCCAUACGAGAGCCGUAUCUGUACACUCCGCUGACCGAGACGCUGGGCUUUCCAGAUCCGCCGGGCUACGGGAUCUUGAACCUGGAGACGCGCGCCCUCUUUGAGACCGUGAGGAGGUACCACCGUCAGGGGAAGAAGGUUUCGAUUCACGCGCACGGGGAACGAGCUAACGACCAGGUCCUCAACGUGCACGAGCAAGUCCUUUCCGAGUUGCCCUACCAAGACAACCGUCAUCGCAUAGAUCAUCUUGGUCUGAUCACCGAGGAGCAGAUCGAACGAGCCGGCAAGCUGAACGUGACUCUCUCCUUCUUCAUAGAUCAUCUUCGCUUCUACGCCAAGGUCUACAAGACCAACAUCUUCGGUGACAGGGUCAACCGCUGGACUCCACUGUCCUUGGCAACCAAGAAUAACAUAACUUGGACCAUUCACCAGGACAUCCCCGCCUCUCCUGGAGACCCCACCCCCUUCGCCAACAUGAAGACGGCCAUCACCCGUUGCACCAGGGACGACCCUACCACUCCCUACGGCCCAGAGUACCGCGUGUCCAUCCACGAGGCUCUCAAGUCCUACACCGUCAACGCGGCUUGGCAGCUCCACCUGGAAGACAAGGUAGGAAGCAUCCAGGUCGGCAAGAAGGCAGACCUGGUGGUGCUCUCCGAGAACCCGUACCGCGUGGACCCGUUUGACCUGGAGCGGAUCCGGAUCGUCGAGACCUUCGUGGACGGGCGCCGUAACAAGCUCGCCCGGUUGAAGACUGUGAAGGGGACCGACCUUCAUGUCCUGGAUAGUCCCUAAUCCAAUAUUAAUUUUAAAUGCGAAUAAGAAACACUCAAACAAAACAAAAGCUACCAGACUAGACGUAGAGAUUGAAGAUUUACUAAACUAACAGCUUUAUGUAUUUUAAAAUGAGAACACAAAUUACAACAUAAAGCUACUUAGCAAAGGAAUACACUAAUAUGACGCAGAUAUCGAUAAAGCAAACGGUUCUUCCUGUUGAAGUCAGUUCUCUGCAUGCUUUCAUCAAAGUCAAAUUGAGACAGCUAUUUAAAAUAGCAACGCGGUGUCUCUUGUUUAAUUAAACAAAUACCAUGCAUAAACACAUCAUUUAACGUACCUAUCUCACAUUGUUUAUCAUAGCCACAGCGUCACUGUUUGUUGUCCAUUAAUGUCGGUACAAAACCUGUUGAUUUUGGUAAAGUUAUCUCGUAAUAAGAUUUGCAUUGUGAAAAAAACUAUAAUCAAUGCUUCCAAAAUCUUAUAGUAAACGUUAAAGCUCAAAGCUAUGUUGUAGAAUUAGCCGUGUUUUUUUUUUUUUUUUUUUGCAAAACCCAUUGCCUGUUAAAUUUUAUAAAAAGUUACAAUUACAGCAAAACAGAUUGAGAAAGGGUAGAUAUUUUCUCAUACGGCGUGCAUGGAUGUUCGGGGAAUCCCCCAGAUAAGUAAUACAUGUAAUGAUGAAUAAAAGUUAAAAUGAAAACUA